UGGAUAGGGGUCUGAGAACUGAGAAGUGAAGCAUCUGAAUAGUGACUUUCCAAUAGCUGAAUUCUCUUGCAAGUUUCUGGCAAUAACCAUUCUAUAAAGCAACCAAAUCCCUUAUAUUGCAGUGUGUGCUGACCAUGGAGACCCUCCCUGAGGAGCUUAUUGUCGACAUUCUCUUGAGAUUGCCCGUCAAAUCUUUGUUGCGCUUCAAAUCCAUAUACAUGGAAUUUGUUUAUUUGGGGACACUUGGAAGAUGCCUCAAUCCAUCCAUUGUUGAUGAAAACAUUAACGGAGCUGAAAUAUGGUUGAUGAAGGAAUAUGGAAUGAAGUCGUCUUGGACUAAAUCCAUGGUUGUGAUUGUUGAGAUUCCUUGUGAGUUCUUCUUCCCAAUAUGCCUCACCAAACGUGGUGAAAUUGUUGGAUCAGUACUUGGUUAUGAUAAGUUAUUGAAAUGCAAUGACAAAGGGAAAGUGCUGGAGAAUUAUGAAUACAAGAAUCAACCAUAUGAGGAUAACGCCAUUGCAUGUAGAGAGAGUUUACGUUCACUUCAUAGUGAAAGUGAGGAAGGAGGAGGAGACAACCAACAACAAUGAUCAUGGGGCAUGUAAUGUAAGGAAUAUAUUCUCUAUUUUUGCUACAAUUUAAUUUGCCUAUCAUUUGUUGAAUCCUAAAGGAUGAAGAUUAUUCUUCAAA